AAAAUCGUCACAGUUCGUUCCAGCUCUGCAUCGCACAGACAAGAAAUUCUAUUUCUGCAGCUGACGUGAUAUUUCUGUCAACCCCCCCCCAAAAAACAAAUUUUCUCUCGUUGAAAAGAAGAAACUAAAAGCAGUAAAAAAGCCGCACGACGAGAUUUAGUGCUAACAAUUUUCGCGUUCAUAAUUUUAUUGGCGAAAAGUUUCAGAAGCCGAAGAAGAUUGCAUUUUGCCACUCCGUUUUCGGUUGAAUUGAAAAAAAAAGUUGGUAAGAAAAGUCUAAAGAAGGCCACUAGCUUUCCUGGAGUGUAGCAGCGUAAAAGAGAUAAAGAUAUUAGACAUUCUCGUACAAGUACGAGUACAGUGCGCUUAGUACCACUGGUGGGAAGAGCACAACAACGAAAAAUAUCGGACGGGACGAAUGCCGCUACGUACAAUAGGAAAGAGGCGAAAAAACGUGGUUUUUCGGUUUGCUAGCAGCCCAGCAGAAAAUUGUCAAAUUAUAGAAAAAUAAAAUUAUUGAGUGACUUUCGCGCCGGAUUGUGCACUAGUGACGCAAAUAAAACGCUGUAAACGUCGCGAGCUCGUUGAAAAAUGGAAAAUCAAAACAAUACCGCUGCCGUCGUCACAGAUGCAGCCACUGCUGCAGAAAAUGGUUCGAGCGCUACUCAGGAAGUCUCAUCUACAACGCAAGUACCCGCUGAGCCCACAAAGCGCUCACUGCGUGUCCAAACGUGGAAGAAGAUUCAAGACAACAAGUGCGGCGUUGGUUUCAAUGCCAUUUUCAAUCGCAUACCUGGCUUCGUGGAUAGCGACAAGGCGGCCAAGCUCCUCUCCGAAACCGAUGAGUUCAAGAAGGCGGAAAAUAUCAAGGUAAACAUCGAUCGGGCUUUACAUUCGGUAAAAUUGCAAACCUUGCUUGCCGGCAAAACUCUGUAUUUACCCGGUACACGUGACUCGACAGCCAUCUAUUUGAAAGUUGAUGUGCCUGCUGACGCUACUGAUGAACAGAAGAAGGAAAUACUGAAUGUGCAGGAUAUUCAACAACAUCGCACCGAAAUCACUUUAGAUAACAAAGUUAAGUUGGACAUGGUAGUAAUUGGUUCGGUGUUGGUAUCACGAGAUGGUUACCGCAUUGGACGUGGUAACGGUUUCGCCGAUCAGGACAUCGGAUUACUUACCGAAAUUGGUUCAAUUACACCGGACACAGUAAUAGCUACGAUGGUACAUGACCUACAGGUUGUGGAUAACCUGCCAAAAGAGCUUUUCCAAAAGUACGAUACACCUAUUGAUUUGAUUGUGACACCCACAGAGGUUAUACAUGUAGCCAAGCGGUUGCCACGCCCAACUGGCAUAUUCUGGGAAUUGCUGUCGGAACGCCGCCUGAAAAUUGUGCCUGUACUGCAGGUGCUUAAGGAGAACGAGGAGAAGGCUGGCAAAGUAAUCGUUCUAAAGGAAGAGGAUACUGACAUUGAACAAAACCAAAACGCUCGCAGCCGUCGUCGUGGACCGAUUCGUCGCUUUAGGCGUCGUAAUCAACGUCGCGCAAUCUCGCAAACUGAUACUGAACAACAGGGCCAAGAACAACAAAAACGUAAUCCACGCCGAAACCGCCGUUUCGGCAAUCGUAGACGACGACCAACAAAGUCUGAAGGAGAUCAAUCAGGCGUCGAAGGCAAAAGCCAGGAGCGAAAAGGUGCCGGCGGGGAUCGCAAGCAACAACAACAACAGCAGCGCGUACGUAAGAAUCGUCUUGCUCGCGACUUUUGCAUCAAACUUUCAAAUAUUACGCGCGAUGUACGCGUAAAGGAUUUGAAGUCGGAGUUGCGCAAGCGUGAAUGUAACCCGCUCUACAUUUCAUGGAAGGGUCAGUUUGGUAAAUGCUAUUUACAUUUCGGUAAUCGCAAUGGCGCUCCAAGCACUGAGGACGAAAUUAAUAAAGUGCUCAACUCGCUGACUGACUUUUCGCUCACGGUGACCACCGGUGGUGGUGGUGGUGGUACUGGAAAUGCCAGCGGCGGUGAAGGAGACGCUGUACAACCGCCACAGACAAAGACCGUACCGGUGAAUGUGGAGCUGCUCAAGUUCGAUGAGAAGAAAGCCGAUGGUGGUAGCGGUGCUGCUGCCAAUGGGGAUGUAGCCGCAGGUGGUGAUGCUGGCGCUGCUCGCAUCGAGUCCGUCGACACCACCACUGUAUAGUAUGAACUACGUGCUGUUUUGAAACGGCUCUACUUUUGGUUGGGACAUUUGGAAUCGUGCGUUCAACGAGAGAAAAUUGUUUAACAUUCAUUUAUUCCUCCAUCAACACCUGCCCCUACAUCUACAUACUAUAUUUGCCUUUUCCUUUUCUAAACGUAUUAUGCAACUACGCACGUUUCUAAAUUGGUCCGUGCCGUGUCAAAAACGGUUUUUACAUAUUUGAAACUAAACGUGAAAAACCCACAUAGACAAGAAAAGAUAUUUGCUCGGUCCUGAGCAAUGCAUUUGUUUUUAUUUAAUUUAAAUUAUUUUCCGGUUUCAUUUUGAUUGUAUUUUAUAUAUAUAUAUUUUUUUUGUUAAAUUUCUUUGCAUUGCAUAGAUAAAAAAUACUCGUAUCAUAAUAAACUUGCGCGCACGUUUUAACUUAUUUAUAUAAUGAAAUCACGAUAAAAACUAGUAAAAUACAAAAGAAAACAAAUUUAAGAAAAAAAUAAGAAAUAAGGGAAAAUAUUACAAAAACAAAAACCAAAAUAAAAGCGAAUGAAAACAGGUAUUCAUUCUCAACGCAAUUUCCAAAUGUCCUGUUCCAAUUUGAAAAGCGGAAGUUUAACUGCACUAGCAGUAUAUGUAUACCGCUGCAUGCGUUUUUUACAACAAAAAUCUACAAAAAAAAA